AUGGAUCGAAAACCAAUAUCUGUCGAUAAGUAUGGCAGUUAUGGUGAUAAAUUACGUGUCAAAUUAAGAAAACGAGUAGCAGAUAAAAAUUCAACUUUAAAUACAGGAAAAAUAAUGAGUUCAAUGGCAGAUCAAACACUUAUACCAAAUGCAAUACUAUUUUCAAAUGAGUUGUCUUUCAAAAAUUCAGUAAUCCAGACGAAUACCAGUGAAGUGCAAAUUCAAUCUAUAGUACCGACAGAAAUACUUUUACCAAAUUACCAAACGAUGAAACGUCAAUUUAAACCUGAUCAUACCAUCAACAAUUUUAUUCUGUUUUGGUUUGAUCCAACUAUUGAUAUACAAAAUAACAAUAACGAUCGUCUUUGUUUUGCUCGAUUACGAAAUAUUGUUUAUACAGUUAUUAUAUUCAAUGAUACUGAUCGAUGUAUCGAUUAUUUAACUGAUAUUCAUGAAGAAAAAGUACUUCUCAUUGCUAAUGAUGAUUAUAGUAAAGAUUUAAUACCUAUGAUUCAUCAUACAUCUUCUCUUGAUUCUGUCUAUAUAAUUUGCAAAAAGCAGUUUAAAGAUGAAAAUUGGAUAAAGAAAUGGAUCAAAAUAAAAGGUAUUUUUACAGAUUUUUCAUCUGUAUGUAAUGCUAUUAGAAAAACUGUUAAACAAUAUUAUGAAAAUGAAAUUUCUAUUAGUUUUUGGCCAAAAAAUGAGAAUACAUCAAAUCAACUUGAUAAAUCAUUUAUGUAUACAAAAAUACUCAAAGAAAUUUUAUUAUCGAUUGAUUUUGGUGAAUUAGAUAUAAAAGAUUAUAUUAAACCUGAUCAACUAAUGACUUUUGAGAAAGCUAAUAAACCUCAAACGAUCGAUAAUACCAAACAAAAUUAUGGUGAUUAUUCACCACUUUGGUGGUACUCGAAAGAUCCUAAAUUCUUUGAUAAUCUUAAUUCUGCUUUGCGUAAUAUGGAUAUUAAUACUAUUGUUAAAAUGGGUUUCUUUCUUACUGAUCUUCAUCGUUCUAUUGCGCAAUUACAUAAUGAACAGUUUGGUAAAAAUGAUUUUCAACAACCUUUUAUUGUAUAUCGAGGUCAAAAUUUAUCAAAAACAGGUUUGCAAAACAUGGUUAAUUCAAAAAAUGGACUUGUAUCAUUUAAUAGUUUUUUAUCAACUAGUAUGGAUCGUAAUGUUUCUUUCGUGUUUGUCGAAGGUGCUUUACAAAACCCAAAUAUGAUAGCAGUAUUGUUUGUUAUAACUAUUGAUUCAUUUCAUUCAUCAUUUCCAUUUGCUGAUAUUCGUGAAUUUAGUCAGUUUAGUAUCGAAAUGGAGGUAUUAUUCUCAAUGAAUACAAUUUUUCGAAUUGAUAACAUAGAAAAAAUAGAUAAUAAUGAUCGUUUGUGGCAAAUUAACUUGACAUUAACAAAUGAUGAUGAUCCACAACUUCGUGAUUUGACUUUUCGCAUAAGAAAAGAAACUCAAGGUCCCACUGGAUUGGAUCGUCUUAGUCUACUCUAUAUUCGACUUGGUCAAUUUAAAAAUGCUAAAGAACUAUGUGAAAAAUUGCUUUAUAAACAAUUAAAUUAUGAACGAACUAUAUUUCUUUAUCAACUUUUAGCAACAAUAAACUUUUCUGAUGGUAAAUUUAAAGAAUCAUUUAGAUAUUAUGAAAAAACUUUGCAAAUAUUACAGAAUAUUUUUCCUAUAAAUAAUAUUAAUUUAGCUAUUACUUAUAAUAAUAUUGGUUUAAUAUAUGGAAAGAUGGGUCAAUAUUCCAAAGCAAUUUCUCAUCAUCAACAAUCACUUGAUAUUUUUCAGAAAACAUUGCCAUUAAAUAAUAUUCAUUUUGCUGUUUGUUAUAAUUAUCUUGGCGAAAUUUAUAAUGAAACGGAUGAACAUUCAAAAUCGCUUGAGUUUCACAAAAAGGCGUUGAACAUUUUUCAAGAUAUUCUGUCUCCUAAUCAUCCAGAUAUUGCAGUAUGUUACAAUUAUAUUGCAAGAUUGUAUAACAAUAUGAAAAAUUAUCCAAAUGCACUUUUAUAUUAUCAGAAAGCACUUGAAAUCUAUGAGAAAAGUCUGUCUUCAGAUCAUCCUGAUUUCGCCAUUUAUUACACUAAUAUCGCUAUGGCUUAUGAAAAUACCAAUGAUUUUUCAACAGCACUUUUGUUUUAUGAAAAAGCUGCUGUAUUACUUCAACAUAGACAUCUUCCGAAUCAUCCUUGUUUUGCUGAAGCGAACGAACUUGUCGGAGCAGCUUAUGACAAAUUAGGUCAACACUCGAAAGCACUCGACUAUUACGGCAAAGCGUGUAAAAUUCGAGAGGAAACACGUUGUCCAGAUCAUCCUGACGGACGUCUGAGGUAUUGCAACAUUGGUGAAGUUAUAGGUUUGCAUGAAUCUGACCGGAAUGCAUACGAAAUGCCACCUAGAACUUGUGAAUCACAUGGUACUUAUUUAUUUUAUGAAUAUGUUACAAUAGCUUCAGUAUAUUCCAGAUUAGGACUACAUGAAAAAGCAUUUACCUUUUAUCAACAAACAUUGAACAUAUGGAAAAAAUUUCUUCCUAAAAAGUACACUAUGCUGGGCUAUUAUUAUACUAAGAUCAGUUUGACAUAUUGGUAUCAAGGUAAAUAUGAAGAAGCACUUUUAUAUCUAAAAAAGGCACAUAAUAUUUAUCACAAAAUUGUUCCUCGAGAUGAUGCUAAAAUAGCAGAUUUAUUUGGUAAUAUUGGAUUAGUAUAUGAAUGUAUGAAUAAUAUAUCAGAAGCACUUGUAUAUUAUGACAAAGCCCUUCAAGUUUAUCGAGAAAUUAAUGUUGGUUGUUAUAAAUAUAUUAAAGAAAUUUGCAAUCAUAUUGGCGAAGUUUUUGAGGAGAUGGGUGAAUAUAAGAGAGCAAUUUCCUAUUUCGAACAAGAACUUCAUUGCAAGCAACGCAACAAUGAAGACAACUAUCGUUCACAAGCAUUAUCUUACGAGAAAAUUGGUUUUAUUUAUAAUAAAAUUGACAAACAUUCAAAAGCAUUUUUAUAUCACUACGAAGCUCUAAAACUACAAUUAAAAUGGUAUAGUCUUGAACAAUCUCAGGUUGAUUUAUCGAUUGAUGAUAUUGAUAAGACGGACGAUAAAAAUACUAUAGCAUAUUAUUCUCUAUUAGCUAGUAAUUACAACAAAAUUGGUAUGGAGUAUACUAAAAUAAAAGCUCUUACUAAAGCUAUUUUAUAUCAUGAACAAGCACUCAAUAUUAUACUAACAAAUCUACCAUCAAAUCAUUCCAUUCUCAUUGAUUGCUAUGAACAUCUAGGUGAAUUACAUGAUUUAAUGAAUGAUUAUUCAAAAUCAUUUGUCUAUUUCAAAAAAGCACUUGAUGCUCAACAACAAGUUCGUUCUAUAGAUUAUUCAAAAAUUGCAAUAUAUUUUAAUAAGAUUGGUUGUCUAAAUUACAAAAUGGGUCAAAUUUCAGAAGCAAUUUCAUAUCAUGAGAAAGCGCUUAGUAUCUUACAAAAUAAUCUUCCUCAAAAUCAUGAAGCAAUUACUGUAUGUUAUAAUUAUAUUGGAGAUAUAUAUACAUAUAGUAGAGAAUACUCAAAAGCUCUUUCGUAUUUUGAAAACGUAUUAAAUACGAAAAAAAAGUAUCUUCCUUAUGAUCACCAUGAAAUUGAAAUUAUUCAUUACAAAAUCGGAUCAGUAAAUAAUUAUAUUCAUCAUUA